AAGUGGAACUCUAUGGUUGGAAAGUUGAAAGAUAUUUUAGUAACCGUCAUGAAAGUCAGUGGCGAAGAAAUCGUUAAGGUUUGUAGUCCUAUACAGUUAUGCUGCCAUCCAAGGGUACCUUUCGGUAGACUAGCAUCCCAUAUAGGCGGGGGAGGGGAUAAGCGCUGAUUCCAAGUGCUUUAUGCUACAGAGACCGGGGGGGCGGGGGGUAGGGUUUCAGCCUUGGUUGAGAGGACUCCCUGUGGCUAUUGCUCGCCUUAGGUUACCCACCACAGGCGUGAGGUAUGACUUGUUCACCCAAAUGCUCAAUGCUUCAAUUUUUGUCAUUGCUAAAUGGCAUUGGCAAUUACACUCUCAAAUUCCUUCCAAAUUAAGUUCUCACUAAAUCUAUUAUGCCGUAACUUUGAAAGCAGAAGAUAAUGUACAAAAGCAUUGUUCACAAACAUUUUUUUUUUAUUUCUGUUUAGUUCUUGACCGAUACUUUUGAUGCGUUAUUUGCAAUUUUGAUGGAGCAUGCCAACAAGUAUGACCGGCUUGUUUUUGAUGCCCUGGUAAGUGAAUUAAACUUCUAUUUUACCAAAGCGUUACAAAGCAUCUGUUCAGUUAUAGCCGCCACCGAUGAGGUGGUUACCAUAAUACCAUGGUGAGUGAGCCGUUUUUCUGUCAACCUCAGGUAUUUACAAUCAGCUUGCUGGCGGACAAAAAGUAUCACCACUUUAGACCUGUGCUGGACGCCUACAUAGAGGAGCUCUUUGGAGCCACUAAAGCCGAUCAGUAAGUUAUCUCGGCGCUGCCACUGAAUAUAACUUGUAAGCCUUUUUACGGUGGGCAUUCUCAAGAAUAAUCUGCAAGGUUAUUCAAUAUAAAUCAUUGCCUAUCUUUGGCUACACAGUCGCACUGUUUUAAGAUCCUGUUUCGGUAACUUGAGUCAUUUCGUACAAAAAGUUCUUCUCACUGAAUGAAACCUUGAAAAAUACGGUUCAUCGCGAUUACUGUCAUUACUAGGUUGUAAAUAAACCCUUGAAGCUUAAUGAUCAGGAGCGCUUGCGUUACUUGUUUUUCUUGUGCAUUUCUAGUAUUCUGAUUUUGGUGUUUCUGGAGUAUAUCUCUUACGCUACCACAGAACAGCAGCCAGAUAGAAUACGAAUGGAUCUCCUUCUCAAGGCUAUGAAGGUAUGGAUGCCUUUUUUGUCUCCCCUGUGCGCUGGUCGAUUUCUUCGAGUCUGUGUUUGUGUGUGUGUCAGUCGUUUAUUUAACUGUCUGUCUGCCGCUUUGUCUGUCUGUCUGUCUGUCUGUCUGCCUGUAACUGUUUUGUCUUACUGUCGGCCUGUGUCUGGCUGCGGCCUGUGACUGUCUGUCGGUCUGUUCACAAAUAGUCGGCAGUCACUCAGCCAUACUGUUACUCAGCUGACUCUCCUUGGUUAGCUUUCGAGUUGUAAUUUUCGUUAUUCACUAUCUCUCAGUCUUUUCAGUAUGAAGUCUGUGAUGACAAAGGUUGCCUCAACACCCCAACCCCCGUCCAAACAGAAAAGCCAAGUUCCGUUUUUCUCCUCUGUACACAGGGCCAACAUUUCUGUCGAACUCAACAUAUCUGUCUCUUCAACUGUUAUUUUGCAAGUCACAAUUUAAAUCACUGGAUUUAUGAUAUGCACGUUGACGACUAUUGCUUGCUCUUAUUUAUUUGUCAGGCAAUGGAGUACAUUAUUAAGUUCAUUGUCCAGUCAAGAAUUCUGUUUCAAAGGUAAGGUGUGCGAUAUUUGUUUUCACGCGUAGCAUGAACGAAGUCGUUAUCUUGAACGGAACUUUGCAAAUUUAUCGUUCAUCAGUGUUGUGCGAUUAUUAGUUACCUAUGGGGACGAGAUUUAGGUUUUUCCAUAUUCUUAAGAAAUAUAUACACCCUGGAAAGCUUCGUCGUACUUUUUUCACUAGAAAAGUUAGCACGGUUAUUAUAAUUUUUAUCUUUUGAAAGAAGGUUCAGCCUUCCCACGAUCGAUCGCAAAAUGAUAAAACUUCUAACUCUCCCCUCUACGUAGUAGAAUGACGAGACGGCUGUCGUGUUCUCCAGCCAAUAUGACGCUGGUGCACACGCGCGCACUUGUAGUAUUGAGAAAAUUUCGUUCUCAUAGUCGUCCUCGUCUUAGAAUAUGAAGGUCUCUAUUGUUAGUAAUCCAGGAAACUAAUUUCAUUACUUCUUGAUCUUGUCUUAGAGCUGUGGGUGAAAAGGGUCAGGCAGAAUUCGAGGAACGGUUGAGAAAGCUUUUCCAGGCUCUAGUUCAGUUAAUGGCUGACGUUAAGAAUGAGACCCUCUUGACUCAGGUACUUAAGAUCUUAAAAAUUCUAUAGGGGGUGCGAAACCCAGGAAGGGCCAUUUUUGCGAGAAGACAGAAUACGCCUGGUUGCCCGUCUUCGCUCGUCUAUCUUUGUGAUUUGUGAAAAUAAGAGAUUGCUUAUAAAAUCUGUUGCUAACCAGCCAGGAGCUUAACUAAAUACGGCGGCAACAGCAACGAGAAGUUAAGUCAGAUAAAGUUUUAUAAUUAAAACAUAAUACACGUAGGGUGCAAGUGAAUUGCACUUUUUGGUACACUUUCGUUGCUGUACGUUGGUUAUCUACGACGUGAAAAUUCUUUUUGCAUUGUUUUAUGGGGGGUGUAAACUCCCUAGUUUUCGUUCCUUCCGUAGGGUGCUGCCUUGAAGUACUUCCCCGCAACAUUUGUGGACUUGAUGCAGGUGUUUGACAUAAAGGAACUCAGGUUAGCAGAGGGAAGGGGGGAGAUUUUCCGUAAACGAGGAUUGCUGUUGUAAAUUUGGCUCAACGGAAAGGGUGUUAGUCCUCUUUUGAUUGGAUUUUUUAAUUUCUCUCUGUUUAACAACUUGGGAAAACUGCAAUCAUUUUUAAAAGUUUUCCUAAACAAUCGUCGAUAUUCAUAACUUAAGAUGACGAUCUUAUGGCUAACCCAAAAUUGUCAACAACUUCAAGUAAAAAAAUACGAAAUAACAGAAAGUUGAUAAGCAAACAUCGACUUUCUUUACCUCAACAUGUCGGUUGUGACCUCCACACUUGCUUCUGCACCUUGUUUUUGUAAAAAAAAAUGUUCCAAUUGAUAGCGGCUGAAAGUACAGCGUAACUUCACAGUUGCGAAAAGAAAGCCUGACAAAUUUCAGGCGUGAACGGGUUUCGAGCUCUUGACCUUGACCUUAAACCUAUCUUAUAGCUUUGCUUAUUUUAUUGGUUUUUCUUUAUUCGUUCUCAGCUCAGGUCAAUACAAGCGAUAAGUUUUAAACGUGAAAGUGUUAUCAUACGUAGAUCGCUGUCUCGAUACUUUGAUUUUAGUUUUGAUUUUACAACGUACAGGGGCACCCAACGAGAAUAUAGUUCAAAACCACUUAAACAGCAUUGUUAAACGUAUUUUAGUAUCUAAACGGUAGAUAUGGACAUAUUUUUAUCCCCUAAAAUUGUUUAUUUUUCGGAUUUCCUAGCUGAAAGUCUAGUGAUCCGAACAUUAUAGAGAUCAAACCUUACCUUUUCGAAAAUUCCAGCCAGAAAAAAGGCUCUCGAAAAUUCUAGGCGACCAUUUUAGGGUAAAAAUCCGUUAAAAAUGGGCAAUUAUACCAUGUUUUAGAUGUUCGAAAAUCCUAGGAGAGGCAGGCAGACAAGAAAUUUUACACAAAAUGUUCCGAAAAUUUUAGAUCUCAAAUCGUCUUCCGAACAGAUAUUUUCCGAAAAUUUACGUCGGGUGCCCUUGAACGUAUACAAUUACUUUAAAAUUGAAGGAAACCUUCAAGUAAUAAUGCGGUGAGUUAGACUUAAGGAUUAAGUGUGUCUUGGGAUUAAGGAGUUUUACGAGACCGAAAGUAUUACCUUCAAAUAACUUGAAAGGUUAAAUAAAAAAAAUUCAACAUUGAAAGACCCUCUUAGACGCAUAAUGCGCUAAUACGAGAAACGUAAGUGACAGAUGACCCAGUGACUAGGAACGGGCUAAGACCGUGAUACUACGCGUUUAACUCGUACUUAGUUAAGAGCAGAAAUAGUUUAGACGAGAUCUUUUACUUAAUUAAAUUAAUUUAGCACCUACCUUUAUUAUUACCUAUUACUUUUCCACUGAAUCAACGACCGAGUUAUCCAAACAAGAAAGUAAAUGAAGUAGAAACUUCUAGGUCGUUUCCAGCGCUUUUCAGUUCUCACACACGUGUUUCUUUAGCUUCACGUGCGUAUCACCACUCCACUUUCGUCCCUAUGAACAGUUGCAGAAUCCUAAGGAACUCCUCGGAGCAAAGUCAAAUGCCCGUUUUAUUUGUCGAAAACAAUUUCAAUGCGGCCGUUUUAAAAAUAGUUUUAUAAGAAGUGGUGAUCUUUUGGCCAAAUUAUGGGCAGAUGAUUAUCGACGGUCCUCGAAGUCACGAUCACGUCUCGCGAAAUUUGGACUCUUGUUGUGAGAUGUCAUUUUAUUGAAUCCAGUCGAUGUAUUCUUGCACAAUAUCAGCUUUUUGGAUGUAUUCAGUUUACUGGAGUUUGUAAGAGAUUUGAUGGUAAUUGGAAUCGCUGUUGGUUAAAUAUCCACUUUGCAAGGUUUGGUAACAAACGAUGCCUGGUUGUAAGAGGACAUAAAACUCAAAAGAAUCGGUCGACAAUUUUGUAACUCAAGAACAGAGGGAAAACAUGUUUCACGGUGGAGAAUAUAUUUGGUAAAUUUGAAGUUAACUUUAAUGAGGCUGUUUGUCCUGAAAUUGCAUGUUAAUGUUAGCUAGUGACACUAAGGUAAAAGUAAAUGAGCUCUCGCUGAAAAUUUACAAAUAUAGUACAUGGCAGUUGGAAGUUGCGUAAUUGACAUAUGCAUAUAAGUGAUUAAGCGUGGGGCCAAGAUGAACAGAUGUUGGGCAAUUUUUUGUUUUGUUUGGUUUUUCGUUGUUAUGGACCGAGACGAAGUCCACCUUCAUAAAAACAUCAAAAACCAUCUUGAACGACGAGAUUGGCCUAUAAAGGAUUUAUUAUAUUAACAGCAAAAACAAAAUCUUUUCUUGCAAUAUGAAGCGGGAGAUCCCGAGCGGGAAAGAUACUCCCAUCUUGCCUGGUCGGGUAGCCAAUCAGAACGCAGGAUCCGCUUCAUUUCGCCCUUUCAAACCCAGACAUAAUUUAAUGUAACUGUUAUCUGUUUUCUGGAAGUCAGGGUACGUGCACGGCUUUCUAGAAAAACGAGGACCAUCACGGAUAACAGCAACAGUAACAAACAAUUCUCAACUUUAAGUUUCCUCAGCAUUUGGUAGGACUUGAAAUUUCAUUCAAAUGGCCACAAUUGAGAUUUUUCUUUUAACGCUGAAACUCUCCUAAAACUGAUUAACAGCUGUGAAAACGUCCUCUCAGCAACUUUUAUUUGAGUGCAUUAUAUAUUUUAUUCUAUUUAUUUAUUUAUUUAUUUAUUUUGCGUGGACUUAAAUUUCAUUGAUAGAAUUAACUUGUACUUCAUUACCAACGGCAGACCAACAAAAGGUAGCUUAUUUCUUAGGAUUAAAUUGUUUCAAUUAAAUUGCUUCAAUUGUUCUUUUUAUUUAGCUACUAUGCCAGGGAAUUCAUUGAGAGAAUCCCAGAGAAGAGAUUGACUUCUCAGAAAAUGGACUGCAUUCACCACAUGGUGAAAACCAAGUUGUUUGAAGAUCAAGGUAGGCAUUCACUUAAGCUGGCUACUUCAAUGGUUUCACUACAAAGGAUACAGCCGAAGAAAAAACUCACAAAAAAAGUGUAACACAAAGAAAUAAUUAGUACCAUGUGAAAGUACUGCUGAAGAGGUUUCAUUUCAAUGGUCACAUCAUUGGAUUUCGUCCACAGACUCAAAAGUCAGAACUACAUACUAAAUAAAGAGUACCAUGAGAAAGUACUGCUGAAGAGGUUUCAUUUGAAUUGUAACACCAUAUGAUUUCUUCCACAGACUCAAAAGUUAGAACUACAUACUAAAUAAAUAGUACCAUGUGAAAGUACUGCUGAACGGGUUUCAUUUCAAUGGUCACAUCAUUGGAUUUCGUCCACAGACUCAAAAGUUAGAACUACCUACUAAAUAAAUAGUACCAUGAGAAAGUACUGCUGAAGAGGUUUCAUUUGAAUGGUAACGCCAUAGGAUUACGUCUACAGACUCAAAAGUUAGAACUACUUAGUAAAUAAAUAGUACCAUAUGAAAGUACUGCUGAAGAGGUUUCAUUUGUAUGGUAACACCAUAGGAUUUCGUCAAAAGAUUAAAAAGUUAGAGUUGUAACUGUAACGUUGUCUGGAUAAAAGGGUUAAUCAAGGUCAUUUCUGAAUCUAGUUUCUUGAUAUUCUCUUACUAAUGCUGUUUUACCUUCAACUGCAGAAUCAAGAUUUGUUUUGCUUCCCAUGGUUGUUGAACAGCUCAAAAAUAAGAUGACUGAAGUCGAUGAAAUGAAGGUGUGCAUUGACAUCCUGAACGAUAUCCUGAUUACGCUGACAAGGAAUGACGUGGUGAGUGAAUUUAAGCUACGGUAAAACGUAGACAAAAGCGUGGACCUUGUCUUGCAACAUUGCUUCAAAACGAGUUGGACAGUAAUGUUGUACGUUUUACCAACCAUGUUCAAAGCCUGUCUUGCAACAAAUCAGGUUUCAAGUUGCGUGAAUACAGACUUCUAGUGGAUAAAAUUACGCGGGAGUCACUCCAAACACGGGAAUUAAGUUUGCCUUGGGUCGGUAGAACGCUAGCCUCCCACGCAGACGUUCUUAGGGGUUCGUCACGCGUGGGGCAGGAACGCGUAACGAACCCGUAAGAAUCGAUAAGAGUGUCUGCGUGGGAGGCUAGUAGAACGCGUAGUAUGUACCAAUUUGAUGCAAAAGAAGAACUACUCUCUACGUUCUGCAAAAACUUUUCGCAACUUGCAACAACCUGAUUUGUUGCAAGACACGUUUGACUUGUGGGUGGUAAAAUGCGCAACAUAGCAUCUCAACUCGUUUUACAGCAAUGUUGCAAAACAAGUUUCACGUUAAUAAUAGCGGCAGUUUUCCUGACGCAGACACUUUUAAAACAGGGUUGACUGUCGACUAACCACAUGAUCAAGGUAAAAGUUUAUGAGAACCAUGAAGAUGAUUGCAAAAGGGAAAAUACUCCGAUCUUUUAACAAACUCUCGCUACUAGUUCUCUAAGGAAGUGUCGGAGAUCAGUGUGGAGAAUUCGUAUGUGGUACUAUGACUGUGGUGAUUGGGGCUUCAUCACGACGGCAAAUAAGUUGCGUUCAAGCACUGUGAACUGGCCACCAAAUGAGAGAAAUAUAGAAAUAACCGCUUAAAACAGAGACGGAAAAUUUGCACAACAAAGUAAAUAGAAUCUUAGGCCUGUUUCAAACGUCGUGCUACUGCCGUGCUAAGCUGGCUCGACUGUAGCUCGACUGCAGCACGACACUAGCACGAAUUGAUUUCAGACGUCGAAUUUAAUUCAGUCGAAUAGAAUGGCUGUUGACGAAAACAAAAUACAAUAAUAAAGAAACGGUUCAGCAAACUUUUAAAUGUAUUCUAAUGCAUUUGCAAUUUAUGAAUUGAGUUCGGCACAACGGUAGCACGACUUGGUUUCAAACGUCGCGCUACUGCCGUGCUAAAGUCGAAUUUAAUUCGAUCAAUUGAGUUCGGCACGGCAGUAGCACGACGUUUGAAACGGGCCUUAAACACACGAAGGUGAUUGCUUUUUGUUUAUUUGUUUGUUUGUUUGUUUUUUUUAAACUGUUCAUCCCUACGGUUUUUCAGAGUGUAUCUUUGUUGUUUUUAUCUCAUCUGUCGUCAGAUCUUUUAUUUCCCUAUGGUCCGUCCCUUCACAGGACACCUAUAUCAGACAGCACUUUCACUUGCACUUAUCCCGUUGUCAUGAUGUCCGUUGGGGGGACACGGACCCUGUAACCGUUUCCCUCUAUUUGACUUUGUUUUCAGAUCUAUAACAUCUCUAUGUACCCUGGGCGCCAGAGGUUUUUUUUUUCGCUAAUUCCUGAGCUUUAUCAAACAGUGCACACGGUUAUUUCAUCGUAGUUAGUGAUGGGAGAAUGAUAAAAAAGAGGCCAGCUGGGAAUGCUGGAGAGAAAGAAGGAUGGCGCCCCUCACGUAGCGGUCAAGAGGCGCGUCUUAGAUCGGGAACUAUAAGGAAGGACCUGCCUGUGGGCAGAACACACACACAAAUUUCGAGAAGGGACCUCUGGAGUCAGGGUUAUCUCUAUGCUGACCCCUGCUUAAGACGAACCCUUUGUGUAAAUUGCAGUGUGUUGUUCCUGUCACUGUCACUGUCACUGUCACUGAUACAUAUGAACCUAUUAAUUCCCUACGAUAAAAGACUAAGGUCUUGGAAAAGAAUCGCAGCUGUGUCAAAACGUCGCGUUCGAAUGAAAUUACACUACCUGCGGAUCUUCAUAUGUUAAACCGUGUGUCACUAGCUUAAGUUAUACGACAAUACUGAAAAGGUACCUUAAUCGGAGCGUGCUUUUUCUUUAGGGUGAUACCCAUGACGAUGUUCUUCUAUUGGUGACGUCACUGCUGCGUGUUGUGGUCAAAGCUGUGAUUAUGAUGGACCGAUCAUUGGCUGUUGUGGUAAGCAACGUUCUUCUCUUUUUUAAAUUUUUUUAGCACAAUCCUAAUUUGAUGUAAAACUACUAACAAGCUACAAAUAUAAAAAAAAUGCAACUAGGUACAUUUGAUUGAUUUUCUGCCAGACCCUUCUUCCCGUUCCUCUGGCUUAUAAUGAGCAUGUGGUGUAGUGGUAAUGGAACGGCCCGACACGUAGAAGGUCCUGAGUUCGAUUCCGGACUUCUUUUCUUUCCUUUUCCCUUUUUGUUUAGUUUUUGUUUUAAGUUAUUGUAGCUUUGUUUUGUUUCUUUAUAUAGCGUAAGUUUUUUUUAAUUUACAAAUUUUCUUCCCUAUUGCCUUAAUUCCCUUUCUUCCUACUGUGUACUGUGUACUUCCUACCUCGCUACUACGCGAGGUGCUGCAAUUCACGUAUUUGUAGUUAUAAAAUGUAGUUGUGAAAACUCAUGGCCCACUUUCGUGUUCCAAAAACCCUCACUUUCAAAAUGAGGCCAAGUGCACAACCUUUUUUGUGAAAAUGAUUUUUUUUCCCAUGAGAAUGAAAAAUCAUUCGGGCUGAGCACUUAACCUCGUUUUGAUGCAGAGGCUCGGGGGAACUCGGAAAUGGCCUAUUAAAGAGAGCUGUUGGGGCUGAAUCAGAGGGAUCUAAACGCUGAUUAAUUAUUUCGAUUUACGAUGCAACCGGUAACCACUUAUGAACGUAGUCGCUGGUAAACGACGCAAAAUGCGUCAUCUGAGCUGGCUUUCGGGUUAAAAGCUUGUCGUUUGUGUCAAAGUGUAGCUAGUGUCCUUAAUGAUUGUCCAAGAAAUAAGAAAAAAUAAAUAAAUAAGUAAUAUUUGAAUUUGAUACGUGUCCUGUGGUGCAUGGGCUUUUGCCUCUCGCUUAGGUUACCUGUGCAAUACUUCGUUGCCAAUCUGAUAUGACUUUAUUUGUUUGUUUCGUGCAAGGGUAAUUACGUAGCAUGUUUAAUAGCCAUGCUCCAGCUGAUGGACGAGAAGCAUUACCAAAAGUACGUGGCUCACUUCCCAACAGUCCAAGAAUUGCUGGUGAGUUUUAAUUCUUGGAAUUUGGUUAGUUUUGGAAUUACAUCUGCUGAAUGAUCAGUGAUCGCUUUCGUAUGCAUUGUUUUAAAGUUCUUCUUAAGGAAAAUGCUCAUAACAUUUGUACUCAACGAAGGCGCGCCGUGGUUUGGGAUGAAGGGCGGAGGGCGUGGUUAAGACCGCUUUCAUGGCAAAAUGGUUUUAUGCAGUGGUAUAUAACUCAAUGCAUGUGAACAUCUGUACUAUUGUCCCUGACUUUCUUAAGCCUUGGUGUGAUAGAAAAUUGAUGAUGAAUUUUAAGCCUGGUGAAUACGCGAGAAUACUUACUUGGUACUGGCCUCCUUUUUUAAGGUUUGAUUAUUUUCUCAAAACAACAACAACAACAAAAACCUCUUAUGAACCAAUCGUGUCGUUCUAAGGAAAUCCCUUUUUCAUUGUUAUUUAUUUACAGGAUUUCCUCAUGGAGAUUUUCUUGCUCUUCCGUGAGUUUGUCAGCGACAAUAUUUUUCCAAAGGACUGGAUGGUGAUGACAAUGGUUCAAAACAGGUUAGAUGCGCUUAUAUCAAAUGGCAUAUUCUUAUAUCAACUGCCAAUAUCCUUGCGAUGUACGACGUAGGCCUUUUGCUAUGGAGUAGGUCACGCUUAGCUACUGGGAAUAACUGAAAGGGUCUACUAGGCUGAUCCGCGGAGUGCUUAGGAGCAGUUUGUGUACACUUUCGGUUGUGAUUUCUGUUUUUUCUCUUGUUUUGUAGCGUGAUAUUGAAUGCCAUCCAGUAUUUUUCUGAGGCGAUGCAGGAGCACUUUGGCGCUGGUGGAACUUUCGAAACGCAGGUCAGUUGCUGUCCUGUUCUGUAAGCGGCCGCUCUCCUUCUUUCACUUUUUCGUCUGUGUAGUGGGAACAAUUUUCCGCAUCAAUUUUUCCAUAUUGUAGUUGGCUAGUCCUCGCUUGUUGCCACUGAACCCUCCAUAAGGUGGACUUAUUUCCAAGACGAACAGUUCUUGCUCUUCUUGGCAGGUAUCUUAAAAAGAUGUACAAAAACAAUACUCGUCACAUUUGUUGAAACACUUGCCACGUUACUCCCUCCCCAAUGUUGAUUCACAUAUCACCCAUUUGCAAAUAUAUGCGAACCUCAACACUGGAGAAGGAGAGAAGAAGUACACUCGGAAAAAAGUUAAAUAAAGUGGUUGAGAGGGCGUCAGAUGGAAAAUCCUCAGUUUCAGUCUAGUGUUACAACGAAAGUUGACGAGUGUUGUAGCUGUGCACCUUUUUUAUUAUUCACGUGGAGUUGAUGUGUUCGUCUGUGUCUUGCCACGUAAAGACGUGUGAAGAAAACAUGAAGCUACGAUUAAAGUUUUACUAACACAAGAAAUACAAAUUUCAAAGAAAAAAAACCGAAUAAGACUGAAUUGACCUACCCAUUCUGUUCUUGUAUCGUAUGUGGGCUUUUAAUUUGUUAUUCUUGACUUUUUCUUUCCUUAUGAACCAGUUGUGGAACAAUUUUUUCCAUCUGGCAGUGGCAUUUGUGACGCAAGAAUCUUUACAGCUGGAAAACUUCAGCACCACCAAACAAGACAAAAUCUUGGAAAAGUAAGUGGCGUAGAUGGCAAACGCACGGAAAAAUGGAAUCUGUUAACCAGAUGACAAAAAUUUAUCUUGAACAAAUGAUAAUUUCCUUAUCAAUAAAUAACAUUUUAAUCUGACGAGAAGUAGCUUUGCGAUACAGCCAUCUCUCCUCGCUCCUUGCCGCUAGGGGGGAGGGGCGUUUGCGCUUCGGCCCCAAAACUUCCAUAUUGAUGACUUAGAUUGGGCUUGAAUGUGGUCAACGAGCGAAGAUUGGUCGACAUUGUAAUUAUAAGCUGUUAUUUACGAAUGACAGACAAUAGACAAAAGUCAGAAGGAUCAAAUGUAUUAUAGUUGCACCCCGCCUUACGGCCACCUCGGUAAUACGGCCAAUUUUUUUUACCCAUUGGUGACCAUACUUUAGGGACGGGCCAGGCAACGGAGACUAUCUACUGUAUGAAAACCAGGCUCACGAAGGAAUAUAAUUGGCCAGUUUCGAAUGAUCAAAUUCAUACUUAGCUCCCAGGAAAGGGAAUUAAAAAAACAAGAACAAAAGAAGUACAAAACAAUACAAAAAAGAAACGAAUUAUUAGCCUGUUCCAGGCGAGUAGGUAGUAAAGAGCGCCGCACAAAGUAAAAAAACAAAGCGAGAAAAACAGAGGGGGGACAAGAAGAGCUAAUGAGUUUUAAUCCUGAAUGGCAAAGUGAUUUCGUUUUCGUUUUCGUUUUUUUUUUUUCUUGACACCUUAUAGCUUCGGAACCAAGUAUGAAUUUUCAUGAUUCGAAACAGACCUAUUACAAAUAACAUUUCACGAUUAUUAUAGGUAUGCGGACAUGCGUAUGAUUAUUGGACUUAAGAUCAGCGAGAUGUGGCAUUUGUUGGGUGAGUCGCUCGCGUAUAUUUUCCGUUUUACAUGUGGCCAAUGAUGUAAUGAUUGUCUUGUCAGGAGCGUUGUACAAAAUAGAAUCUGAAUUCCAUUGCCACUACUAUUAGGCGAAAAAGGGAGGCGGAGUGGUGAGAGCGCUCUCCUCCCACCAAUUUGGCCCGGGUUGUUGGUUCUCCCCCUUGCACUGAGAGGUUUUUCUCCUAGUACUCCGGUUCUCCCCUCUCCUCAAAAACCAACACUUGCAAAUUCUAAUUCGAUCUGGGACGCACGGACACGUUUAAACGAGUUCCUAAGAACUCCUUAAUACUUGGUGGGUAAACAAAAUACGUCGAAAUUCCAAAAAGCACAUUUUCUAAGGAAAGACGAAUUCAUUGAUUUGUCUACCACAAAGUUUCAAAAGCUGGUGUUUCAAGUACAGUCCUUUUAGACUGCUUCCAGUCCCUCUUUUGUGUUAGAUCCGUUGAGUUCUUAGACUGUUAGCGCGUAGGGACAAAAAACGCUUGUAGCCUUCCUCCUCGGGUUUGCGCCCUCAUUUCUGGCGGCUCGUGGCUUCGCUUGCCCGCGCGUUUACCCCAGUGAGUUUGAAGAAAAUAGGAGACUGCUCGUAGUCUACAAGCCCUUAAAUCUGAGUCCGGGCUUUUGCUUCAAGCACUGGCUCUUGAGCAGCUUAUUUAUCAACUCAGUUGAUGAAACCUGACUUUUGAGUUUUUCGCUGAGUUAGGCGUGGCGAAGUCAUUUUUUUUUUUUCGUUUUAAAAUUCACACUGAGUGCUUUAUCUUUUUCCGAUAGUCAGAUGAAAAUUGUUAAACAGGUCUUUGUUCUAUGUCGCAGGUGACCACAAGUCGUAUUUCAUCCCUGGCUUAGUUGGACCGUUUCUAGAGAUGACGUUGAUUCCACACAGCGGUGAGCCAAACUGUUGAUGUAAAACUCACAGUUUUGUCUCGCUAUUGAUAAAGCCUUUAAUCAUCAUAAUAUGGCUGAAUCCGCGAGCGGGCAAGGUGAAGCGAAUCCUGCGAUCUGAGUGGCUGCCCGAGCGGAGAAGAUGGGCCCGGCCCGUCUUUCCCGCUUGGAAUUUUUCGCGUUAGUCCCGAAAGAAAAGGUUAUCUUUUUGGCCAUACAAUAAUGAAAAUGUCAAAAUGGCUGGAUGCUGGCCUUGUUCUUUUUUGUGUUUUUAUUAAACUCAACUACGAGGGUCCCCAGUAGGUUUCUCUGGAUUCGGGAUUAUAAAACAAGAUCGGGCAAGAAUCGGGAUUGAAACUAUGCCCGUGAGGUGGGAUGCCAAAAAUAACCCCCGGGAUUACGGGAUUGCACGAAAUGCUGGGUCGGGAUUACGGGAUUGAAGAACUUUAUUGUGGACCUUCGACUACAUCUUUGUUCAUAAAAACGUGCAGAAGACCUCGACCAAUAUCCAGCCACCUUGACCUCACGCUUGGUCAAUAGCGCGGUUAUGCUGUCAUACUCUUGAUGUAACCUCAUAUUAGUGUCUUACUAUAGAUUUUACCCCCAUGAUACUGUUAUACUGUUGAUUUAACCUCAUUAUACCAUCCGGCUAUUGUUCUAACUUCGGAUCUGUAAGUCUGAAUAGGCCAUUUCCACUAAAAGGUCAUGUGGCAUCACUUUUAUGAAAAUGAAAGUCCUAUGAUUUUGCUUUAAAAAAAUGACUAGUGGGUCAUAUCUUAAACAAAAUGAUAUUGAUUUCAAACCCGUGUCAUUUUCUUAAAAUGAGCAAGUUCGUAGCUGGUCACUUGACCAAAAUGUGAUUUUUGAAACUACGAAUUACCUCUUUCUGAACAGAAAUUUUGCACUUAAACUUCAAGGAAAUUGUUGAAAAGAUGAUGUGAUAACGUUUACAGCAGAUCUGAGCGUAACUAUAAAAAGUUUAACAAGAUACAAGCAAAAAUUAGUUUUGGCGGCCGUGUUGGAGGGCAAGAGUAUACGCUCCAACAUGGCGAACAAUACAAAUCAUACUACUUUGUUGAAAAAUCAAAUUGCCAUAUAAUAUCUCCCUUUAAUGCGUUUCCUGUCAAAUUUUGGGUGUAAGAUAAUUUUUGUGCGCCCUGUCAAUUUCUGUCAUCAACAGGAUUCCAAGUCACUGUUUAAAGGAAGCAUUGGUCACGUGACCUCUUAGUGCAAGUGGCCUAUUGAAGCCUUGCCAUAGUGUUACCUUGAACUCAGUGCCAUUUUAUCCUCUCCAACCGUGAAGGCCUCCUUGGCCGUUGUGCACCUCUACCGUCCACUUGUCCUUCCGAAUUGUUUGGACAAAAAAAUAUUGGGAUCAUUUUAGGUUUCUGGGAAACUACCCACCUACCCCUCCGCUAAGGCAACAUUUUUCCCGAAGUGAGAAGUAAGUGUUAAUGUUGGCUUAGGGGAGGGGUAGGUGGGCAGUUUCCCAGAAACCUACCGUAAAUUGAUCCGAAUGUUGUCUUGUGAGUCUCUAUUCAUACCAACCUUUCCUACUGUCCGUUUUCCCUGAUACAGAGCUUCGUCGUGCCACAAUUCCCAUUUUCUUCGACAUGAUCCAGUGCGAGUAUGCUAACAAAGGAAAUUUCACCUCGGUAAGUAUUUACUAUUGGUCUCGUCUGGUUUUUCAGUUUCCUUAUAGAAUCACCCUUUGUUGGAUAAGCGUUUUAUCACAUGUCGAAAAGAAUACAGUCAAUCCGAGGGCGGUAACGCUGUUGCUAGCAAAGUGUGAACAAGUAUAGUGGAACCCCGUUAGUACGGUCACCAAUGGGCCAAAAACAAUUGGCUGUAUUAACGAGGUUUUUUUUUACAAGAAAAUGUAUGGCGGUUUUUGCCAGGCAGGCAAAAAGUAAUGACGAGGUGUCCGUAUUACCGAGCUGGCCGUAAGGCGGGGUUUCACCGUAUUGUCAUACUUCUUCUCACUGAGGACACCUCUAUGAUAGGGACACGACUCUGUUAUUCAUAGCCCCGUCUAUUUGUAAACAAUUUGUUUUCUUCAGUUGUAAGCUUUCAGUUGUGGCGUAUUAUGAUACGUUUCAUAUUGCCCGGAUUUAAGCACGUGCAUUUGAUUCACUAAAGAUGUGAGCUUCGAGCGAGCUAGUUGUGUUUUGCUUGCGUCGCCGUUUACAGUUUGCUUGUUUUGUUAGUUUUCGUUGUUCUCUUAACCACAGAACAUUUCAUAGUGUCAGAAGUGCGAUUGGAACCCACGCCUCCACUCGGAGACCAGAGUUUACCUUGAAUCACGGCAACUACUCUAAUCAUAGCUCUGGAACUUCUCAUCCCCAAACAGUAUACUUUAAGGUCCUUCUCAAUUAGUUUUGUGAUAAAGGUGGUUCUGCGUUUCCUAAUCAGCAAGUUUUAGCUUUCCCCUCACCCCAAACCCCUUACCCUGGGCGCCCGUGUUUAGCAUUGUCAAGACUAUCGGAUUAAGUGGAUUAGCUUAUAAACUAGCGAGUGUGUGUUACCUUAAACAGGUUGAAAGUGAGAUCAUAAGCAAAUUGGAUGUGCUUGUCGAGGGUGGCAAAGGUGACGCACAAUACAAGGAUCUCUUCUAUAAGAUGUAAGUCAUUGCACUUGUACAUCAGCUACUUAACCCCUUGCAUAUUCCGCAUAUACUCCUGAUACUUACUCAACAGGACGACCUGUGUGACAGUAAUUAUGUUUGAAACAAUUAAAGUUUCCACCAAAUUUCAUCUCGAUCCUUUAAACAGAUCUUUUUGAAAACGUCUAGAGUACAGUAUUUAUGUUAGGUGAGAUCGCGACAAAACACGCAAGUAAUUGUCCUGGAUCUCACCCACCUCCUCUGAUUAUAGCUGUCCCUUGCACAUCACGCAGUUCUCAUUAACAAGCUCCUUUGUUGCAUCCCUCUAGUCUUUCGGAGAUGUUCAACCCCAUGCCCCCGCAGUUCAAAGAGGAUGGUGUCAGAUUUGUGGGCCUCAUCACUAAACUCAUGGAGAGACUGUUGGACUACAGGACUGUGGUACUUGGCGAUGACAACAUCGACAAUCGGAUGAGUUGCACUGUUAACGUGUUGGUAAGCAAGUCGUUAUUCUUCCUUGGACACCCGUUAAUGGGAAUAUGUUGCAACGAGGGCAUCAGGCCACAAAAAAAGUCAGUUCCGAUAUCAAAACUCAAGGAAAACCCAAAUUUGAUUUUGCCAAUUAUUGUUCUUAAAACUUACGAGUGACACUGAAAUGCGAAAGUACUGCAGAAAAAUUUUCUUUAUAGUCACGUGGUAGGAUUUCAUACAGACUCAACUUGGUGGAAUUAUAAUCUUUUUCUUUGGUAAGACUGCGAUUCAGUUUUUUUUUGUCCGCUUCUCAAAUAAACGCCAGUUAAAAUUUGGAAGGACGACUAAGUCCUCAGGGUUUACAGAUACUGAUGAGUAAUAUUAAUCAUAACUUUCUUUAAACCUUUUUUUGGAGAUAAUCAAAGUUAGUGCUGCAAAAUGAACAUUUGCUCUUGAAAGUUUGGUCCGCACUGUAAGAUAUGGACCGCAAAUUGACUAAUGGCAUCUUUGGUUCGCCCUGUAACAUAUGGACCGCAAAAUGACCAAUGGCAUUUUGGUUCGCACUGUAUGUUAUGGACCGCAAAUUGACCGAUGCUAGGGCGACAACAGACUUAGCCAUAUAAUAGCGGAGCUCUCGCGCGCGCGAAGCGCGCGCCUGCGGAGCACCAUGGGUAAGUAAAUCUAGCCAUCCCAGAAAAUUUGGUAAUCACGUGACCGUACACCGACCGCCUCCGACCGUCCGUCCGCACCAUAGGCAUACCGAUGUAACAUUACUCAAUCAACAGGUAUGGCAACUCGAUGUUAUUUUGGCGGAAAAUCGCAUAGCCACCCUCGUCACAACUAAAGAGGAAAUAAGGACGAAAACGGAAAGCGGAAUUGUUUCUGUAUCCGUGUUGUCUAAAGUAGCUUAGAUUAAUUCUCAUGCCCACAAAUUUGGAAUAUAGAGCAAGAGAAAGACAGAAAAAAAGAGAAAGUAGGCGGCAGGCCAGCGAAGCUCAACGAUAAAAAGGGCUACAGAGAUCUAGAGAUUUAAAAAAAGGAGACAUUUUUUUUGUUGGAAGAACAACAUGAAAAUUUUGUAACGGCGGUGACAACGUGAGAAAUGCUAGCGGCCACCAAUGCAAGGUGAAAAUGAGCGGCUUUACAAAAAAUAAAAGUGAACGAGAACACGUACGACAUUUCCUCCAAAAAACGAGUAACUAAGAAAUUGCUGAAGUUUCACGUUGUAGUCGUGCAAAACAACGGCAAAGAAAUGUACAAAAAAAGUGUGCUAAUUGGACCUAUUGUUGUUUUUUUACAGUUCUCGUUGCCUUCGCCGCUUAGCAUUACACGAUUUCAUUUUUUGUUUGAACAAACUUUAAAUAUUAUCGAGAGCUUUGCUUUUAGUCCUGGCUAAAUCUAUAUAUUAAGCAUAAUACAUUUAAUGGUACAACUGAUUUCGUGCUUUAACUUAUCUUUGUCAAAAAUUAUUGGGACACACCCUGAAGUAUCUCUUUUUCUAUUACAGAAUUUUUACAACGAAAUCAAAAAGGACGAAAUGUAUGAUAGGUAAGUCCUCACGUUUACCGAUAGAAUGAGAGAGUUAGGGAUCCUUAUUAAAACUGAGGAACCAGGUGCAAGGCUUGUUCAAUUGGGCAAACUAUAACAUCCGAACAUUCUCUACUGUGAACAGGGUCAAGAAGGUCUACAGGUGUAGCAAAGGAUAGAAAAAGAAACUUUCUAAUCCUUUUUACAUAAUCACUCUUAUUGUUUCUCACUAAUUUUGCUGAUUAAAUCACAAAAUGUACUACACGCGAAAAUAAGAACAAGUGAAAACAGAAAUCGCAAAAUUUGACAUGAUAAUAUUUGAUAAAUAAUACAACUAGUACUGAUUCUUACCGCAGUCUCAGCCUAUAAAAAAAAUAAAUAAAACAAGCAAACAAACAAAAACUCAACGAUGCUUGGAGUCGCUUGACGAUCCCUCUACCCUAGUCUUGCUACAAGUUUCCUUGUUAGCGGAGCGAGCUUUUAAGGCUUCGAAAUGGCCAAGCAAGCGACAGAGCCGCGAAAGGUCGUCCUUCGUCCCGCGCCAUAUUAAAUCGGACGAAUGACUUUUAUGAAAGUCUACUUCUCCCUCGGUGUACAUAUUAACCACUGUUUUGUUGACCAGGUACGUGUACAAAUUGUGUGACCUUCAUCUAAGUGUCGAGAACUACACUGAAGCUGCCUUCACGCUUCUGAGAAGAGCAGAUGAUCUUCAGGUGAGAGAACAUUUUACGUUAUGAAAGUAACGAACACAUGAGUUUUUGCGCACGCGAGCCUGCUCAAACGUUUCAAUUGUGACUUUUAUUUCCCUUAUGGCUGAUCUAAUUAGACCAGUUUCAAACGUCGUGCUAUUGUCGUGGCGAACUCAGUUGGUCGAUUUAAAUUAGGCAUUAACACGGCAGUUGUACGACGUUCGAAGCGCUUCUUCCUGUUACCCACUCUUGCUGCCGCCGGGUAGCAUGGCAAGCUUUGCCGUGCUCAAGGCAGUACCACAACGUUGGUUUCAAACGUCGUGCUACUGCUAUGGUAAUAGUAACUAAUGGACUGUAAAUACCUUCUAAUACAUUUUAACAGUUCGUUACACCGGAUUUUGAGUUUUGUCCCGCAAUAGCUGUUUUAUUCGACUGAACUAAAUUCGAUUCCUGAAACCAGGUAGUGUUACUAUCUUGCUGAAGUCGGGAAGAAGUCGAGACAGCUUAGCAAGGCAGUAGUAGCACGAAGAUUGAAGCGAGAAAAUGCUUUUGAAAAAAGAAAAAGAAACCCGAGUUAAAUUUAACCCUGGGUUAAGCGCUAAUCGGACUUCGAACAACUGGGCCCUGGAAAAGAGACUGCCAAAUUCAAACAUGGACUGUCCUCCACUUACUGAAAGCAACAUUGCCGUUCCCUUAGUUUAAACGUCUUCUGUUGUAUUUGUUGUUUCAGUGGACUGAUGAGACAGUUUUUUCAAGCCAACAAAAGUACCGUGCCAGCACCCAGCGACAACUGAAAGAAAUGCUUUACAAGGACUGCAUUGAUUACUUUGAUAAAGGAAAAGUAAGCCUUUUUGAAACCGUAGCCUGUCCACAUUCCUUUUUUUUUUCUCAUACACCCACCCCCAUUCUCUUGUGCGCAAACCGUUAAUAAUCCUCUCACGGUAUUUAACUUCAUGCCCACUUAAAAUUUGAACCACAACACUUCUAUUCACAUAAUUCGUGAAAAUUCUUCCUUCCAGUCUCAUCUGCGAGUUGAACGAGUCUGCGUCUGUCAUCAUAAAUUUCUUAUCCUUAGCCACGCGUCGCAUCUCCUCGUAGAUUGGGUGUCUUCCCGCGCUGUCGUGUGUCGUUCGCUCUGCAUGUUAUCUUAGAAAAAUAAGAAACAACUUCUCGUUUAAAAAGUGAGAACAAAAUAAUUACAGUGAUUCAAGGAGGAUGAUUGUAACAGUUUCUGCAAGCAAGUAGUAAAUGUUGCUUGUUAGAAAAGUCAAAUAAAGUGCUUGGAUCCUGUUUUUGUAAAAAAAAAAAACUUUAAAAGGUAUAUUUUAGAUGUUGUUUUAGAUGUAAAGAGUUAUAAUAAUUUUAUCACAACGUUCUUCUUAGUGCUGGGAAUACGCAAUCAAGCUGUGCAAAGACCUCGCCAACCAAUAUGAGUAUGACACGUUUGAUUUUAUUCAACUAAGCAAGAUUUUGGUGAGUUUACUGAUUGGUCUCUUUAUACUGUUCUAUUGAUUCUUUAACCCUGGAUUCGAUAUAAUCGCUAGAAUUAUUAUGAUCACCGAACUCAAAACUUAGCCAUUCUUCUUUUAGCACUGACUUCCAUUUCAGUGAUGACUGUGAUCCACUCGAUCGUUGAAAAGUUGUUUCCUUUUAAUCGAUGCUGUUGCUGAACUUUAUCUCUGUCCCGCGGUGUGAUUCUAGCAGCCACAAUGAUCUUAGCGCGGAACAUAUGGUCUCAGUUAAUAUUAUCAAUCGUUUAAACUGGUUGACCAUUUUAAUUGAGGUGGCCCAUCCCAUAAUACAUCCCAUAAUAGUACGUAGUUAUCCCAUAGUGCGAUCGACCGCUCACUUAGUCUCAAACGCCACCUCAAAAUAGUGCUCCUGGAGGUUUUAGACGUGAUAUGGACUGGAUUGACUUUUCUGCUGACCGUCUAUCAAAUUCCCAAAAUCAUUGGUGGUAUAAUGGUUAUUACCUUGAUUCUUGUAAAAGGAGCACCUAAAAAAGGUCUCCUUAUUCAAAGAAGUAAGAAAGUGGCUUUUGUACUUUAUUUCUCAAUCAUUUUGUACUUUAUUUCUCAAUCAAUACAUUUACAGGAAAAACAAGCCGGGUUUUAUGACAAUAUCAUCAAAGUUAUCCGCGGAGAGCCUGAGUACUUCAAAGCUGCCUUUUAUGGACUUGGCUUCCCGACAUUCCUCAGAGUAAGUAUUAAAAAAAAAAAUGACUCUCCCUCAGUCGCCUCUCUUGUUUUUCAUUUGAAAUAUUUACGAGGGAAGCGCGUAGGAGGUGCGCGUGGGGAGCGAUAACGUGUUAGUCUCCCGCGACCGAUCCGCAAUCGCGUACAAAUGAUAAGAGACGACUGGGUACGUCUCAGUGAACAGUAAAAUCUUACCUCAACGCGAAUAUAGAGAACCAAGUUGCCGUUACGUAUUUAUUGUUUAUUUAUUUAUUUAUUCAUAUAUUUAUUUAUUUAAUAUUCCCUCGAUUCGCCUUGAGUAUUUCGUAAGGAGGUAGGUUCCUCUCGUAUAGAGCUUUCCCUACCUCAUGUUUUCUUUAUCUGUUUUACUUCGAAUACGAAAAUCUUAAGACAUAGAACCGUCAGACGGCCAGGUAUUAUUGAAUAUAUCAGAAGUCUUAAAUCUUGAACCACAGUAAGUAAACAGCAGUUACUCUUGUACCACAGCAAGUGAACAUCGGUUACUGUGUUUGCUAUGCACAGCCUUGUGUUUUCACGAAGUCUGAUAAUACUGCUGGUAGUCUUAGCUUAAUUCUCUUUUAUGGGUUCUUUUAUUUCUUAUCCUUUACUUAACUCAACACCAAUUAUCGUGCAAACGCCUGCUCCAAAACUUUUUAAUUUGGUACCAGAGUAAGUGCGCUCUUGUUCCUUUGUAGAACAAAGUCUUCGUGUACCGUGGCAAAGAGUACGAGAAAAUUGCUGAAUUUAUUGUUCGCCUCCAAAGCCAGUACCCUAGUGCACAGGUAGGGAAUGAAAUUCAAACUGAACAACUUAAAAUUAAUUUAUGCGUUCUGGUUUUGAAAACCACCGGCCGUUCUAGUGGUAAAUAAAUAUCUCUUAGAACAUGGAAGAUCUGAUAUUUCUAGCCUGCUUUAUUUUCAGCCUGCAUCUGUUGGAAUUGUUGUAAAAUGCCGGCGUUUUGAUUGGGCAAACAACUUACCUGCCCAACAUUCUUAGACUCCUUUAGUCUUCUGAGGAGUUGUUUGCCUGCGGAGGGGGGGGACUUGGGGUCAUAGUGCUCCGAUCAAAGACUGAUGAUGAGUUGCACACGGUAUAGCUCGCGCAGAUGACAACAACACUCACCCCAUUUCCCUACUAUUUGUUAACAAAUUCAAAAGCAUUUCUCUUUAGAUUACAUUACCAAACGCAUGGUAAAUGUUUAAGAGUAUACUAUUGAGUUAUAGUUGCACUCGGGAGGAUUGCUAAGCUCGCAAGAACUCCGGCAGUUUAGUUUAUUGACGUCAUCAGCAUGCUCGAUGGGAAUAUCACGCUCGCGCUAUUGAAUUUCGUUGGCCGUAUAUUCUAGCUGUGUUGUAACAUGUUUUAUUUAUCAUGCUGAAUUGGUCCUUUAAUAUGUAUUUGGUGCUUUUUUUAAUUGGCCCACUUUCUGCCGGAUGAUGAUAGUCCACUUGUUUUUAAAAUGCGGGUGUUUGCUGUGCAAACAAGCUCUUCAACUUUUUCCCUUGUUUUUGCCCAAGUUGUACAGCAUAUCAUUUUACUUAACGAAACGCUCCUUCACUUCCUCGCCGCUUGUAGUGACUACACUGUUGUCUAGCCUCAUCUGUUUGUUGGUAUUUUUUUGCUCACCAUAACAGUGUUUUGUUUUAUGGUGUUAGAUUCUCAAGAUGAAGGAUGCAAUUACCAACGACAUCAAGCAUUCUCAGCAACAGUGUAUCCUUGCAUUGUGAUCGUAGAAUAUGAUAGCCUGUUACAAGCAAUCAGAUAGUGGAUUUGUUGUAAUAGUAAUAAUUUUUACGGGCUCACCCCCAAAUUUGUUUUGUUUUAUGGUGCGAGAGAAAAUUUGGGCAAAGAGUUUUUAAAGACGUCUCCUUGUUUAUUUAAUUUAAUUAUUUUGAAGACCUGAAUAAAACCAAAGUCGGCGUAAUAAUCCAGUUACAUUACAGUGGUUGCCUAGCAUGUGAUGAGUAAUUUACAGAUUUGCAGUUUUUUAAUGUUGGGAACUAUACUGCACUGCACUAGCUGGAAUGGGCUAUUUCCAGUCGUGAAUUGCUUAAAAUAAAGUGGAUAAUUUCUAGAAUCAUCUCCACGAAGAACAGUGUAUGGCAGAUAGCAUCAGCAAUGGGUAUGAAAAUGAAGAAGUGGCUGACUACUGAAUUGUCAGUUUGAAUUAGUAUAGCGAGAAGAAUCUUAAUUCUUUUAAAAAAUCUAUUGAGCGGUUCCAUGAAAUUAUUCCCUAAUUUGUCAAAGUAGACCGAAAUGUUUACAAAACCGCUAACAAGAGUGCCUCGAUGACUAAUCAAAUCCUUCUUUCGAUUCUAGCAAUCAAGCAGAGCUAUCUCCACGGUCUUUCACACAUGUUUUUAAAAAGAUUAAAACUACUAUGAGGUGAAAAUGCAUGUCAAACGCGCGUCGUUUUGUACAGAUAACGGCCAAACAUCAAGAUUUUCCUUUUCUUACCGUAUUUCUAAUAAUAAAAUCUUCAUUCCAAAAUAUCAACCGUAUUGGAGAAAAAUGCUCCUGUGAACGAUUUUGUAAGGUUCUCCAUGCCGAGAAUCAUUGCUGAAGUAAAAUAGGUAAUGGGGUCAUUUCGUUGCUAUGACAGCUCCAAUGUCAUUGCAACCCUGAUGAUGACAAAUUUUCAUCUUAAUACAACUGAUGUCGCAAUUUUUCCAAAUGUUUGUUUAUGGCGACGUAGUUUAUGUUCAGACUUGGUAUUGACCCUGAAAAACUGUAUCGAGCCACCUUCAUAUGCCAGGACGGCCUAUGUUGUUGCAAUAUGGCCCUCAUUUCUUUUCGACUCUUUCAUAAAAAUUUGGGCAACUUGCGAGAUUUUUUUGGGCAAAUGGUUUACCGCCCCCCCUGGCAAAAAAUUUCCCGUACGCCUAUGGUAAUAAUAAGUAAAAAGUUAAGAACUAAAAACUUAACUUAUACAAGCUACAGGGUAAAAAUGUUAAAAUGUCAGAUAGAUUACAAUAUUAAAAGCUAUAAAAUAUCUAAAAUGUACAACUUUAAAUGUUCUGUUUAAAAAGAAGAAGAGAGUUAAUUUCUUUAAAAGAUGCGUCUAAAAUGUUCCAUUCCUUAGCGCAUUGAUGAAAACGUCUCUGCUUUCCGUAAUUCCUUUCAACGAGAGGAAGACGGAAAUCGUUCCUUCAUGUUAUGAUUGAUAUGAACCGAUCAGAAAUCUGUGAAGUACGCGAACACAGCUGCAUCUCAUUCCCCUCCUUAUGCUACGACCAAAGGGCCGUGCGAAUCGAUCAGAAGGCAGGCGGCUGUGUUCGGACUCCAAAUGUGUAACUUCUAUGACUGUAAACGAAAAUUCUCAAAAAACACGAUCUUCGUUAAAUUUUGGGAACGUUCUGUGCAUUCGUGAGAGUUACAACUAAAUUUAGUCCUAUCAUUAUCAUUCUCAUUAUUAUCAUUUUUUAAAAUACUGAAUAAACAUUUGUCGAUCUUUAUUUACAUUCCUAGCCGCAGCUUUCAGUUUUUUACUUGUAUUCUUCUUGACGCAUUUAAGUCCUCCAAAUAAACAGGGUUGAGCCUGUCCCUGUAGAAAGACGAAAGUUUCAAGGGAAGAACGUUUUGGAACAGAUAACAAAGUAUUUGUGAUUUAAUAUUUUGCCUACGUUUUUUUCCAGACCUUUGAAAUGAUUUUUAAGGAGGUUCAUUGCAUUUUCUUGCUUUUCUUUUAGAUUCUACGAAGUAAACAACGUGAAUAAAUUCCAGUUUUCGAGAGCAGUACAUAAGGGAGAAGUGAACAAGGAAAAUGAAUUCUCGGUGAGACGUUUUUCAAUGCAAUUGAUACUUCUCGUGGGAUAGUUAACUAUUUCAUUCUCAACAGUCUUAUUUUUGAAGAAAACAACAAAAAAUAAGUAAAACCGGAAGUUUGUCUUCGACUGAAGUUCUACUUCCCGUUUUCUUGUACUUUGCGGUGUAGCCGUAUUUUCAACCUCAUUGAAGAGAUUAAGGGUCACGUUUACGACAGACGGCAAACGUCAGAUUCAAGUUGACAUUAAGCGGAAAAUUAGCAGAUAAAAACCUGGUCACGUGGUACAAUUUUACGUUUGCCGUUUAGCGUAAGCGUGACUCUUAAUCUCUCUAUUCCCAGAAUCUUUCCUCUUUCUACCCCCUUUCGCUGUCCCCCUCGAGGAGGGAGGGAGGGAGGGAGCGGGACGGGGUAAAAAAGGAGAAACCCUUGAAGCGGCGUUUGUGAACAUAGAGUGAUUGGGAUUUAGUAAAAACAACGAGUCAUUCACCAUCUUUACAUUGCCCAUAUUAUACGUUGUUUGUCCCCUAAAAAUUUCGCAUCUCAUAACCAUUGUUUUCAAAUUCUCCUAAAUACAGUCGUCACCAAGAGAAAUUGAAGACGAUGGGGGUAAACAAGACCUAUUAUAGGCAAUGUGAAAAUGGUGAAUAGCGUGGGUAUUAGUGGCCAUUAGGGAGAGGAAUACACAGUGGUUAUGCGGUCAACGCUUGACCUGAGCGAGUCAAAGCAAUCGCGCGCCCAAAAUCACGUGCCUUGCAUUCUUAUUACGCGUUGUCUUCACUAGCUUAUUCCGAUUAACUUAGCCUGCGAACAAGCUUUCUUGGGCUCAAGUCAAGAGACGAAAAUGGAUGGCUGUUUUUGUUAUUGAAAGGGCAAGGUCGCGCUGCCUAUUUUGAGGCAAUUCUAGCGCUAACGGAACCAACCGAUCACAGAAUUGGCUGAAAUUUCAACGUUAUUGUAAAAGUAAUUGUUUCGAAUAGUAGAAGAAAACAAACGAAAUUCAGAAAAGCCCAAAAAGAAAGCUUGGAAGGCCAAACCUGAAAAGCGGCCUACCUAUUUGCUUGCAGGCCACUGUGCCCUAAUGCUUAGGAAUAUUAAUAUUAUUUGUUAUGUGAUGAUAAUAUCGUCGUUUUGUUUUGGCUUUGUUUGUUUGUUUUCUUUUUUUUUACGAAUUUGUAGCUUAAAACUUGCUGUGUGUGAACGAAAAAGGGCAAAAUCACUAAAAAAAAUUGACUUCAUCCUUUAAUUACAUAACUACACGACUGCUCCUCUUGUUAAGCACAACAAACAAUUCUGCUUGUCAAUUAAAGAUUACUAAAAUACUAGUACGGUGCUAGAGCAAUUGUUUAGUGUGGUGAAUAUGUUUUUAGUUAAGCUUUUUUUUACGAUUUCUUGAAGACAUUGUGGCUGGAAAGGACAACAAUAUACACCAAGUUCACAUUCCCUGGGAUUCUAUGCUGGUUCGAAGCAACCGCAAUCGACACGGUUAGUUUAACCUGAUCAUUAUUUAAAGUCUAUAUAGCCUCGUUCAGACCAGGUUUUAAACAUAUUUAAAUGUUCUAUAGUUCAAGUAAAGGGAUUCAUUGUACCAUGUACUUCGUUUGUUUAUGAACAGGUAGUAAGGUUGGCUGGUUUGAAAUUAUGUGAGUCUGAGGGCCUGUUUACAUGGAGUGGGGGACCCCGGUCUAGUGGGGUUGGUUUCUUUUGUUUUCACGCUCUGUGGGACACAAAACAAAAGAAACCUACCACACUAGACCGGGGUCCCCCGCUCCAUGUAAACAGGGUCUGAGUAAAACUUUUUAAUGGAAAGCUGUUGAGUGCUAAUCUCUUGUGGUCUGCCGUGUAUUGUUUUAAGGAUCUUUUAAAAAAUUUGUCAAGCUCUUUGAAAUAAUAAUAAUACUAAUUAUUAUUAUUAUUUACCCUCGGCAGUAUUGAUAGCACUAAUGCUAGUGGAACCGAGUAAAGCCCAGAAACAAAUCAUUUAAAUCAAACUUGUCAGGGUUAAGAAUCCCAACUGGCCGGAGGCAAACCAUUUGGGUAUUUACAAGCAUGGACAAAGGGUUUGAACUCAGGACUACAGUGAACAAAUCAAGUGAGCGGUCAGGGCGUGACUUCAACUCGGGGCCUCCGAAUUGCAAGUCCAGCAAUCUAACCCGCCGCGCUGCUUCCGUUAAAAUACCUUAACCCUUAAUCCACAAGAUCAAUGAUCAUAUUCUCCACAGUGUUUUUGACACGUUUUGUAUAGUUCUAGGGAGGAGAAUUUGUUUUAACGUCAAGGUACAGUAAAAGCCCGCCAGUAAGUAACCGGUUUUUAAGAACCUGUUAGGCUAAAAUUUGUCAGUUAGGCGCCCUCCAUACAAGUACCCCUUUAGCCUAAAAUUUGAAACAGUUGCUUACUUUCUAAAAUCUAAAAAUAUUCCAUACACCUCGGCAAAUAAGAUAAGAAGUAUCUUAUUGUCCCACAUGCAGUUCAGCGCAAUGUGCUGGUAGGCAGAUUUUAAAAAAGGAAUAAGCUGAAUACCACUAAAUACUCUUAGCUACAAUGUAUUUUUUCAUCAGAAAAUAAGAACCUAUUUAGGAACCUGAAUAGCCUAAAUUUGUGCUGCUAACCUGGGAAAAUGCAGACUCUUACUGGCGAGUUUUUACUAGUGAUCUUUUCUUUUUUUUUCUUUUUUUUUCUUUUUUCAAGACCUUUGUGUUUUGUGAAGCAAUAAUUAUUAAAAGGAGGAAUUAGAUACUGGUUGCUGAAAAGAAUCCUCUUGUGAUUUUUUAGGAAGAACUCAGCCCCGUGCAGAAUGCUUUAGAGACCAUGGAGUCAACCAAUAAACAGCUUCGAGCGAUAAUCGCUCGACACAAGGUUGAUCCAAAUUUAAACGUGAACCCACUGAGCAUGAAGCUGCAAGGAAUAAUUGACGCUGCUGUCAUGGGAGGAGUCAGUAACUAUGAAAAGGUGAGAUACGUACGUGUGCCCCUACCAUCCCUCCUGAGGAAUCAUUUGCAACCUGCCGGUUUGGGAUAAGAUUAAGGAGCUUAAAGCAAUAGGUUUAGAUUGGCGAAACAACAACUCUGCACGUGCAGUACGCAUUUUUCUUUGCUGCCGGUCACUGCCUUACUACGACGUGAAAAUGGCUAAUUCAGCUCACGUUUUAUGGAGGACGUGAACCCAAGACAACGACUUUCUUUAUCUUCUUUUUCUUUUCUUCUUCUUGUUUUGGGGAUGGUGGUGUUGAUGGUGAUUAGGGAGCUAAAGCAACGACGACAGCGACGGUCACCAAAACGUCACUAAAAAGUGAUUUCGCGCUGCUUCAAUCUUUAUCGCGCUUAUUCCAUCUCGUUGAAUUUGUCGAAUGUUGGCAAUUUUUUUCUACAGUUGAGUUCUUAAAGACUGCAUAAAAGUUAAUUCCACUGCAAUUCUGUUCGAAACCUCAUCAAGGUAUGCUGUUGGAAGCUCUUCCCCUUGCAAAGGCAAAAUUACUUUCGUAGCAGUAUAUCAUUUCAAAGUUGAUCAAGGUUUGUAAUGUUAGUUAUUUAAUUGUACACUACUUGUAAGUGUACACUAUCUCACGCGUGUUUUGAUUUUAUCGCAGGCUUUUCUGACCCCAGCGUUUGUCAAAGAGAAUCCUGAUAGUGCGGAUUACGUGGAGAGGCUUAAGAGUUCACUUGUUGAACAGGUGAGAAUUGAAGGGUGAUUUACACAUACUACUACUAAUGCUCAGUUUUGGGCACAAUACCCAUGCUUAGUUGUAAUUGCAAUACUAAUCGCUGGCAAUGCUAAGCUUUAUCCACAACACCAAUGGAUUUAUGUAUUGUAUACAGUCAACUGUACUUGAAGGCUACGCUCUCACGGCGGUACCGGACGAAUUUACGACCGGUUGGAAAAGUGUGGCCGGACACUUUGUUCACACGGGACCGUUAAAUAGUUUCGCUCUGUUCACAAAAAUGUUUGAACGGCCAGGCGUAUAGAUUUCCGUAUGGUUACUGCGCUGUGAAAAAAGAAAGCGAAUUCUGAAGUUCAAAAACCAGUCGCUUGUGAACGGAAAUAUGAUUGACAGCAGCGGAAAACGCAAUUGUGAAAGCGACCUUUGAACUUCUGAGUUCGCGUGUUUUUUAAAGGCGCAGUAACGUGAUUUCGCGUUAACUGAACACCUAAACGCACAAAUUUUAACCUGUCCGUUUAUUCCCGAGUGAACCAAAAAAAUAAUGGCGUUCACGAAUCUCCGAAGACGAAAUAGCUAAAUUUCGGGCUAAAAGUGAACGGAAGAAAUACAAAAAUACGCAAACACAAAGCUGGAUGGAUGUUAUCUACUUUUUAAGAAGUAUCUUCAAAAAAGAUCUUUUUAUAUUUUGAAACCGUGCCGAGAAAUAGGCCAAAGGUUUGAAGAAAGUCCACAAGGAGAAAACCUUAUUAAAAACUGAGAAAUAUUUUGAAUGAACAAUAAAACAAUAACUGAAUUUAUAGAUAUAACACCAAGACAUGUUGCCGUGUUGGAAUGAUGCUGAAACCAUUAAAUGUAGAAGUUUAGGUCUAGAAACAGCUUUUGCUCAACCUUGAAUUAACGACUCUUUCCAAACCUAUAUACUGUUUAAAUGGGUCUUGUGUACUUUUUGUGAAAAACAGGUUGAAAUCUUGGAAGAAGGAAUGGCUGUCCAUGGAAAUCGCAUCACUGCUGCCCUAAAACCAUUGCACGAAAACCUGGAGAAACGUUUCAAGGAGAUGAAGAGCAAGACUGCGCCUUUUAAAAGGGUGAUUCAGAUUAGCUUCAGUCAAUAGGUCAUUUCCAAGUUACCACAAGCCUCUGUUUCAAAGCGAGGCUAAGUGCGAAGCCAUGGACAUGAAAAUGUUUUUUUUUUAUUCUCAAGCAUUUAAAACUCAUUGUCACAAGAAGUUUUACACUUAGCCCUUUUUUGGAAUUGAGAGUUUUGAGAACUCGGAAAUGACCAGUUACAAUGAAGAGGAUGAAAACAAGAGGUCUCCUUGUGUGACCUAAUACUCUUCAUUCGUGCAAAAAAAAUUUUGAAGCUAAUUAAUAUUUGUUUCCGCAUAAUAUUGCACGAAUCCGAACUUGUGGAACUCUUUACCUCAUAUUUUUAAGGUUGUAAAAUGCUGCAGGUAAACCAUGAAACUUCCUGAGUACGGGUGUUCAACAUGUGUUUUCGGUUCAGAGAAAACAACUAAAAUUCUUUUGUCUGGUCCAUAAGGAAAGACUACAAAACCUAAAGCGGCCGGCAAUUGUGAUUUUGUCCCUGCUUUGGUCUCCGCUUUACGUCCCUUUUACAUAUCGAUGUGUGUGAACUGCUGGUUAUGGCUGUAAAACGUCCCCUUUGCUUUCCCCUGAGACACGACCCCAGUGUUUCUCAACCUUUAUUCUCUUCUUUUCAUUUCUAUAGGGAAAAAUGAUAGCACUCUUCUUUAUUUACUAGCGCAACGGAGUUUUGAAAACAGGAUCCUAUCUAUAUUACAAACUUAUAAUUUGAGCACUGCAUUUAUUUAACAGGCUCGAAUAAGCACCAUAUCCAAACCUCGAGCAGCCGACGGAUCUCCAGCGAUCACAGGCAGGUCAAUGACAACUGUCCGAAGAACAAGCGAGAGACCUGUGUUGUCUGUGCGAAACAGCUUGGAUAAGAUGCAUCAGUCGUACAAUGACUGGAGCGAGUAAGUAGUGGAAGUGUAGACUGAUGAAACCACCUCCGGAACCUCUUUUAGGGUGUGAAAGUAACAGGAAAUAAGGGCUAGAGUGAGGAAGAAAACGUAGACUCUCCCUCCCUUCUCACCCCUACCUUACCUUUUGUCCUUUAAAGGGCUGUAGUUUUAAAGAAACCAUGGUGUUGCGUCGCUGAGAAAAUCGGCGGGGGUUGGAGUGCAAAACUUUGGUUUUAUCAACUAAAUCUAAAAAGUAAAUUGGCCACCGUCGGGAGAUUAAGAAGCUAAGUUUCGAGUGCUAACCGUCUCGUUAGAGAAAAGCAGGGCAGUGUGGGUUUGUGUGGUUUAUAUAACAAAUGUCAAAGCUCAGUGUCGGAUCCGGGGGAGCCCCCCCCCCCCCCCCGCCUUGUCUCAGGGUCUGGAUGACCCCCCUCCCCCCCUAAUACUGACAAACAAACUAGAGACCUUUAGAUUCGAGGACGAUUAUUCCCAAAAUUCAAUUACACCGGAAAGCUUCACUUAACUUUUUUCACCAAAGUUAGCAGGGUUAUUUGUAUUGAAAGAGGAUAAGCCCUCCCCCGAUCGGAAAAUGAUAUGAAAAUUACUAACCGUUGAUAAAUUGUUGACAUUCUUACUAAAGCUCGUAGUAGAAUGACGACCGCUAUCACAUUUUCCCACCAAAAUGACGCUGGCUCACUCGCGCGCACUACUUAGUAUUAAGAAUAUCUCGUCCUCGUCUUAGAAUAGAGACCUUUAGAUUCUAAGACGAGGACGUCUAUGAGGACGAGGUUUCCUUAAUAGGGAGCUUAAGCAACAGCGUUUUUGAGCGACGGACGUCAACCGGAAGUGGACUUUUUGCAUCAUUGGGCAGUGGUUUGGUUGAAACUCUCGGGUAAAUCGUCUUUAAAAGAGAAAAGAAACUCAGUAAUACAAGUUUGUUAGCGUCAAGGCAUAUAAAAAGGGAGAAGGCCUCACUUCCGGUUGACGUGCGUCGCUCAAAAACGUCGUUGCUUAAGGUCCCUAAUACCAACUAGUGCGCGCGCGUGAACCAGCGUCCUUUUUGGCGGGAAAACUUGGUAGCCGUCGUCAUUCUACUACGAGUUUUAGCAAGAAUGUCUGAAGGCCUGGAUCCGCCAUUGAAGCUGUACUAUUGGUGGGAACUUUGUUACGAGAAAAACUAAUAAAUUAGUUGAAUGGGAAGCUUUCGUUGAUACUAUGUAUAUCUUUUCACGUAGCGCACAAAUGAUGCAACUGAAACGAAGUCUUUGUUUUAUUGCCUAGUGUGGAUGGGGAUUUUCCCUUCUUUAUGCCUAAUGCCACUUUAUUUUCUCUUUUAACAGCAGCCCUAUUGGCAAUCCUCCCCCACUCCCCACGAAAACUCUCCCCUCAGGGGUACGGUCCCGAGCACAAAGACGAGCAACCGUCGAGAUAUCUAUGACACAGCUGACAGAGGAGGUAAAUAUCCAACGAAUAUUUUCUACUACCAUAUGAUGAACACUACGAGCUUUGUGAUGAUCGUUACUUGUUACAUUAAGAGUAUAGCCUUAGCGACAAAAAUCCCGAGAAAAGGCCUAAAAAUCUUUCCGGAAUAUCUGGUUUGCCUCAAAAAACCCAUGAAAAUUCCUAACUUCUCUAAAAAUGUAUUAAUAUUAAAAACACUGGGUGAUCUGUGGUGAAAACGAGGAGCCCACAGAAAUGAUGCAUGAAAGGAAUGCUAGAUUGAGAGUAAACCGCUGACAGAUUCAAUUCAAUUCAAUUCGAUUUUAUUCACACUCUCUGUCAGUGGGCGCUUUCUGAGAGUGGGCAUCAAAACGUUGCAAAAAAAAAAAAAAUGAAAAAGAAACAAAACAGAAACAGAAACAAUAUUCCAAGUUUCAUUCUUUUUUGCAACAAAUUAAAAUAAAACCUUAAAAAUGUUAACCAAAAUCUGUAAGAUAAUUCCCUAGUUUUCUCUCAGAAAUCCUGUGAAGCUCUAAAAUCCCGAAAAAUGUCCGGUUUUUAGUACCUAAGCUUGUAGGAACACAGACACGCGACUGGUUAAGGCCUCAAAGAAGUUAGAAAAAAAGGUUGCGCAAGGAUGCAAGAAAACUUUGAAGCCAGCUGAAAUAUAUGUAUUGUUUUCCUGACGUAAAGUCUGCUUAGGACAGAAAAUGGUUCUCAUUUUUCUAAUGAAUGUAGGGCUAACAGUAGGACUAAGAGAUUUUGCUUCUAUUCCAGUUUAUGACCCCGAAUACCCCAACGUCCGAGAUUGCCCCUCCGAAACCACCUAGACCAGCACCACAGGCACAGCAGCUUCCAGAGCUGCCACAGAAAACCAGCCAGAAAAAGUCCUCGGAGGUCCAGCAUCGUUCCAGUACCGAGUCAAGUGGAUCAGAUGGCACCGAGCCAGUAGAGCAGGUAAUGAUUAAUUUAUUUUAUUGAGGACAUAUGGUGUUAUGCGAAGUGCUGUAGAUCCUUCCAGUGGCUUUUGGCGUAGUCUGGCUCUGUAUCAUUUCGCUGUUUUUGCUUCGCUAAGCUUUCGAAAAUUGCGAGCCAUCUCGCUCCUUCUAGCUAUCCACUACCAAAUUAAUCACCUGCUGCCGGUUACAUAGUGUCAUUCGUCCAAUAUUUAGCGAUUAUGGAAUAUAGCUGAGUAGGAUGUGAACAAUUAUGCAGAUCGAGUAGCAUAAUUCAUGCAUAAUUCUUCACAUCAUACGAAAGCCGAAUUCAAUAAAUGUUUUGUUAUUAAUUCAAGAUAUUUUCAAGUUCUUAACAAGCUUACCUCCUCGUAGACUUUCUUCAAAACUUUGGCCUAUUUUUCGGCACAGUUUCAGGAUAUAAACACAAGUUUUUUCUCGCAGAUACUCCUAAAAAAGUAGAUAACAUCCAUCGAGCAAUAUGCUUUGCGUAUUCUUGCGUUCCUUCCGUUCCGUUUUAGUCAGAAAUCCAGCUAUUUUGUCUACGGAUGGCCGUGAACGCCAUUUUUUUUUGGUUCAAUGGUGAGUAAACAGCCGGGCCGCCGCGCCUGGAAACGAGGUUGUUUGAUGGUCUAAUUCCCAAGCAACCUUGUUUAUGAAGAAUUCGCCGAGGGCUUUGAGCCAAUCAGAAACGGUGAAAUAUUAUGAAUGAAUCAUAAUAUUCAUUAUUGGACCGUUUCAGUUUUUCCAAAUUUGGGCAGCGUUAUCGCAUUUUCUUUAUGUAAAAUUAGCUGAGGAAUUAAGCCAGUCAGAAAACACGAAAUCUUCAAAGUGGUUAAUAAUAUGCUGUAAACACGACAUGGUAUGUCAUCUAUUACACGCUAUAUUAUUCUUUUUGAGUUUGGUGUUGCUCUUCAUGAUAUAUAGUCGAUGAUAGUUUUUUUGGUGUUGUUCUUCAUGAUAGUCGCAAGUGAUAGUUCAUGUUAUUUUAGGUGAAGGUAUCUUUGCUCUUCUAACCUACUCUAUACUCUUACUUCUUGCUUAUAUCAACGUUGCGACAAUUAUUCCUGACCUCGCCGUCGUCGCCUUAUUUAUUUAUAUUUAUUUAUCUAUUUAUUCCCUAGACACCAGCUCUCCCACCGCGCACGUCCACAAUGGCAAAACCAAAAGAUUCGCCCCCAGUUCCCCCAAAGCACCGGUGAAAAAGAAGACGCGAAAAGAGAAAAAUUUUUCCUCUCAUAACUGGCACUGGUACAUUCGUCUAUAUACAUGUAAUCUUCUAUUUGAUGAAAUUUCUAGUUCUGAAUACGAAUACUUUUGGUAAUUUUCCUUUGUUUUGAGGUGGGAAUGCUAAAGGCAUUUGUGCAUAAUGUCGCAGCGGUUCAUGAUUGAAAGAGAUUUUUAUUGAGUUUUAAUAACAAUCCGUUAUACGGAGCAGUUUACUAAAUGUUAGCAGACAUAAACGGAAUUUUGUAGAUACACAUGCCGCAUGCUUUCAAGUAUGUUUCAACACAGUGUUGUUUUCUGCUCAGUCUUGAUUAAGUUUGGUUUAAUUUGUGCAACGCUUUUGCCUUAAAAAACAAGCUCGUUGUUUCUCCACGCUUGGUACCAUUUACAGUGUUAUAUGCCAUUUCAACCAGUCAUAGUCAAAUUCACUUUCCCAAUGUGACUUUCGGUAUUUAUCGAUAGACCUUAUUCACGACACCCGCCGCCCUCUUUGCACGCACUUUAGGAUUGAUGAGAUAAAAGAAACGUCACUUGGCGUCUCCGAAGCCAAAUAAGUGAUAAAUUUGCCAAUACGUGUGAUAGCGGUCGAGUUUGGUUAUUCUCUCAAACCUUUACGACGAUUUUAGCCAUGCGCAAUGUAUAGUUCGAAUUUCUACAAGUUUUACGUCAUUAUCGCUUGCUGUGAGGACAUUUACGGUCGCUACUCUAUCAAAAAAGAUCAUUUCCACCAAAAAGUCAGGCUCCAUUAUCGCCUUUAAGAUACAAAGUUUUUCAUUCUGUUGUCUAGUUUAAACGAACUUGACCGCGAUUUCUUGUAUUGGCAGAUUUUGUCAGUUGUUGCCACCUGAAGAACC